UCAGAUUUUAUGCUGCGCUGCUGUCUGGUCCGCUUGGGUUGCUUUUGGCGAUCGCGUCGGACAUUGAUUUUUCUCUGGAAAAGUAUUAAAUUUGAAUUAAAGUUAUCUAUUUUUGGAGUUGAUUUUUGUGUUUUUAGUGUGGUGCAUGUGCCAAGUGUAUUUUUGCAUGUGUUUUAUUAGUUCCCCAUAGUGAAAAAGCAAUUUUUCUGUUGUGUUAUUCAACAUGGAUGAUGGCGAUGCCAAAUCGGGCAAAAAUUCCCCCAAAACCGAGGAUAAAUAUGGCAACUGCUAUUGUGGAAAAGAAAGGAAUCUCAACAUAGUGGAACUGCUGUGUGUAACGUGCAGCCGUUGGUUCCAUGAAUCCUGCAUCGGGUUCCAGCUGGGUCGCCUGGUGCCAUUCAUUAUGAAUUAUGUGUUCGUUUGCAAGAACUGUUCUGUGACGGGGCUGGAGAGCUUCCGGAAAACCCAGGCCACGAUUCCUCAGAUGUGCAUGACGGCGAUCGCCAACCUGCAGCAAACGUCGAUCAAGGAGGGCAAACCGAAGGUGAUGUUCAGCAAGGACAGGGAUAUUAUUCCUUUCAUGGACCAUUACUGGGAAUCGAUGACGACGAUGAGCCGGCGGUCGACCCAAUCGUGGUACGCCACGGUGCAAAGGACGCUGCUAAAGGAUAUAAAUUCAGUGUUUUCCUACGAGGAGACCGCUGAUGGGCAGAUGUAUGGGCUGGUAGCGCAGGAUUUGAAUCAGAUCAAGCCAAAUUACGAUGAAGCUACAGCGCAGGGUACACAAAACUUGGCCAAGGUCGGUCGUCAACAGAAGCGCAAGUUCCCCAACAGUGACCAGGGCGGAGCACUUGGGAAGAAGAGUCGCGUAGGAACGGAAUUAUCGCUGGUGAAACUCCCGGCCCAUGGGUAUCCGCUGGAACAUCCCUUCAAUAAGGACGGAUAUCGGUACAUUCUGGCCGAACCGGAUCCACAUGCACCGUUCCGGCAGGAAUUCGACGAAAGUGCCGAUUGGGCAGGGAAACCCAUUCCCGGCUGGUUGUACAGGGUGCUGUCGCCAAACGCCGGGCUGAUAGCGUUGCACGAUCGUGCACCGCAGAUGAAGGUGUCGGAGGAUCGCCUGGCGGUCACCGGAGAUAAAGGAUACUGUAUGGCCCGAAGCACGCACUAUGUCACCCGUGGCUGCUGGUACUGGGAAGCGACAGUCGAGGAGAUGCCAGAAGGAUCGGCCUGUCGGCUUGGCUGGGGUCAAGAGUACGCAAACCUUCAAGCUCCGCUGGGCUACGACAAAUUCGGUUACUCGUGGCGCUCGCGUAAGGGAACCCGCUUUCACGAAUCUCACGGAAAGCACUACAGCGACGGGUAUGGAGUCGGCGAUACUCUCGGCUUCAUGAUAGUGCUUCCGGAGUCGAAUCACGUUGGACACGUUCCGAGUACGUUCAAGGAUCGACCGUUGGUCAAGUUCAAGAGCCAUCUGUAUUACGAGGAGAAGGACAGGGUAACGGAAACGCUCAAGACGUUGAAGGUGCUGCCGGACAGUAAGAUAUACUUCUUCAAAAAUGGUAUUUGCCAGGGCGAAGCAUUUACGGAUCUGUAUGGUGGAGCGUACUAUCCGGCAAUAUCGAUUCAUAAGAGUGCGACGAUCAGCGUUAAUUUUGGACCAAAUUUUAAGAAUUCCGAGGUGCAUCAACAAUUUCCGUGCAAAGCCAUGCACGAACGCGUGGAGGAGAUGAUCUGCGAGCAAACCAUGGCGGAUAUGAUGUAUUUCACCGAAAACGAUGGCAAACUGCGUCUGGAUACGUACAGCCUUUGAUGUGAUUUACCAUGUGAAUAAAGCAACUCCAUGGUUCAAUAACUGUAAUAAUAGAAA